AUGAAGUGGAUUUUUGUAAACAAAUAUCAAAAAUGUAUUUAGGCUACCAGUGUUUUGCUCUCUGCCGCUAUUACUGUGUUUUUCUACGAUUUAGUGAUGGGCAUGGCAGUUCUUUUACAUGUAUUGAAUCACUAGAAUAUAUAUAUAUAUUUUUUUUUCCUGAAUGCAAGUCAAUAUUCCACCAUAAAAGGAAUGGACGUAUUCUCUAAAAAUAACCUUCAGGAUUUAAAAAAAAUAAAAUAAAAAACCGUUUUUUUUUACUCAAACUGAAGAUGCGGUAUUCUAUUUUGAAAAGACAUAGACCGGACGUACAUUUUUUGUAACUGUUGUUGUGUGGAUACUGACAAGGGAGCGAGUCGGUUUUGGUCACUGUUGGUGUUGUACUGAGGUCCGUAACAUGAGAAAAAAGUGUCAUACAUCUUAAAGUCCGCUGUAACGUAAGUAUUCACUGUAAUAGUUUCGCAAAAAACGUUCGUUCAAUGUGUUUCUAUUAUGUUGACACCGUUUAAUUGUUUAAGCUGUUACAUGGAACAUCAUUUGGUAACGUCGCGUGACAUAACAGCUUUGUAAAAAGACAUAAAUUUUAAACUAAUUUUCUCAAUCUGUGUAAAUAUUUUAGGAAUAUUGUAGGGCCUUAUUGUGACAGUAUUUCUGUCAGUAAAGAGUUAACACAAGGCUGCCUGCAGUAGAGGAGGAAGGUGUCAUUUUUAGACAGAUUUGUUUAAUUUUAGGCUCAAAGGCAUGUCUCCUUUUUUUCUAUUUUUAGCAGUCAGUCAUGGAUUCUGCGUUUGAGCUGGUGGCUCCGAGCAGUGCCCGAGAGAGGAGCGGACACACGGCUGUGGUGGAGGACAACCUGCUGUAUGUGUGGGGAGGAUACAUGGUGAGAAAAGGAACAGAGAGAGAGAGAGAGAGAGAGAGAGAGAAACGAGUUUUUCUACGUGUGAACACUCAAAACAACAGCAGUUUCUGGCUACGAGGAUUACACCUGAAGGAAGUGUCCAUUUUAAGACGCCGUUAAGGCUUAACUAAACAAACGUUUUCCAGUACAUGACACAUUAAUAGACUUGUAAAAAAAAAAAAAAAAGAUGCCCUAUUAACCUUCUCCUGUGUUAGGGUCUGCACCCACCCCUUUUUUGUUUUUAGAUGCUUCAAAGAACCACUUAAAUUAGCUUUUUUGCAUCAAUACUUGUUGACUCUGUAAGGAAACUCUAUUUAAAUUGACUAAAUUAUAAAAUGCUCUUAUUAAAAUUAUGGCACUUGUCGUGUUAGGAUCGCUGUUGACCUGGUUAGAUCAAUAUCUAAUAGUUGGAGCACAAAUUGAAAUCAUAUGUGCACUGUCAGGCACCAUACUGACAGUCUGAUCCUCUUCCAAUCAUGUGAGAUUUAGGAAAUUCUCAUUUUGCCAAGUUUUUCCCUGCACAAAAAACAAUGUCAGGCAUGUCCAGACAUGUAAGUUUUAUUCAGUAUAGAUGUCUGUGUGAGGGGUAUACUGACAAAGAAAGGUCCUAAGGACCACAACAAAAAUAUUAUAAUCAAUAUUUUCAUGGAUAAUGAAGCCUAACAAGUUAACCUAGAGAUGAGAACCAAAUUGGACGAUAGAGAAUUGUUUUUAGUGUAAUUUACAGCUGAUUUAAGACACAUGCCGAAAACCGACUCUCAACAUAGUGGGUGCAUAGUGAAAGCCAACACAGGAGGAGGGUUAAAUGUUUACGCUUUUAGGCAUUUACUCAAAGUGGACAUAUUUUUGUAGCAAAGACAAACCUGAAAAAAGUUUCUUCAGGCUUUUUUUAAAAUUGUAAUAAACUAGUCUUUUUUUUUGCAGUCAGUUGGCGAUGAUGAAGUUUUCCUUCCCAAUGAUGAAAUCUGGGUGUAUGACUUAGAACAAGGUCAAUGGUAAGAAUUUGAGAUAUAUCUUGUUCAUGUCAUGUGCUGGCACAAAAAUAGUUUGAAUGUCUUAAAUAGAAAUACAAAAUGAAUCUUUCCAUUACUGAGUGUGAGUGGUGUUCUCACAUGAAAAGAUAAAAACAUUGUCUUAAAGGAAAGUGUUUCACAUGCCAGGGGAAGCUCCUCCCCCCAUGUCUGGGACAUGCGGCUGCUCCCUCGAUGGUCACAUGUACAUAUUUGGAGGAUGUGAUGACAAUGGACAGACCAAUCAGGUGAGACUGAUAAGUGAUACUUCAUAUGACAGAUUUUUUAUGGCCGAAUUUAGAUUAAUUAUGCUUUUUUGGUCAUGAUUUUUGUGUGCUUGAAUUGAUUUAAAACAACAAAGAAUGCAUCUGCUUCAAGGGUGUGGGCCCUCUGAUCUGAUCAUGGUAGAUCAGUGUAAACACACCCAGUGUUUGACUCCACACAGAUCUACUGCUUCAACCUGACAGACGGCAAAUACACAUGGAGGAAGAGAAUACACGAGGUCGGCUCUUCUCCAUCGCCCCGAGACAAACUGUCCUGCUGGGUUUACAAACGACGGUGAGUGAAAGUUUCAGUUCUGACCAAACAAAAGUACUUUCUGUCAACCCUGCAGAAAAAAAACAAAAGGGCAAAAAAAAAAAUCACGAUUUCAUCAAAACCCAACAAUGCAAAGGCAAAACGUACCUUUUUGAUAAAAGACUAAAGACAAAUACAUAUACACACACUGCAUGCUGAGGGUUUGACUUGCACUCUGUUAACUGCUAAAAUUUCAUUAGAUUUGGCAUUUUCUUAUAUGACCUUAACUCUUUCCUGAUGAUGACAACCUUCACAUUUAUCCUUCCCGGCUGACACUGCAGUGUCUUGGUCACAAAAAUAAUAAUUUACAAUCUGCAUGGUAAAUAUUGAGAUGAUUUUUGUUUGAUAUUUAGGAUCAUCUAUUUUGGUGGAUAUGGUCAUAAACUGCUGACUGAUGUGGACAGCAGGAACAGAAGUUUCAUUGUAGAUGAGGUCUCAUCGGUAUGGAAUUUUAUUAAUUUAUUAAUCUACCUUAGGUAUUAAACAUCUCACAAAAAGCUUCCAUAUGUGCAAGAGCAAUGUGAAUGUUGUGGUUUUCAGGUGGAGGGCAUCUUCUGGGGAUGGAACAAUGAGGUUCAUGUAUUUGACCCUGUGCAUUCCAGCUGGAGUCAACCACAGACUCAUGUGAGUCCAUCAUACUUCACUAUGCUUCAUUCACAUCCUCAGAUGAUAGUACAGUGACAUUUUCUUUAAUGCAGGGCCGUGCGCCUGCCCCCAGGGCUGCCCAUGCCAGUGCCACAUUUGGACAUAGGGGGUACAUUUGUGGAGGCAGAGUCAUGGUGAGAGCCCCACAUGCUUUUCAGCACCUCUAAUGUGUAAUUAACAGAUCGAAAGUGCACAGUAGCACAGUAACAUACUAAAAUCAUGUUCUAUGUUAAUUUUAACACAGGAAACCAGGACGAAUGACAUUCACUGUCUGGACCUGGAAUCAUGGACAUGGUCAGAAAUGUAUGUGGAAAGUACUAAAACCUUGAACCUUGUUGUUAACAUUGUCUGAUUUUGUUUCUGCUGUACAUAUUGAGUGCAGUUGCCUUUGACAAUAUUGUUUAAAAUGUGUUUUCUAGAGCCCCGGUGUCCAGCAGUCCGGUGGGCAGGUCGUGGCACACACUCACAGCCGUAUCAGACAACACCUUUUUUCUGUUUGGAGGUCUCAGCAUAGACUGCAAACCAAUGAGUAAAAAUAGCUUCUCAUCUUUUAUUUGCUGAAAUCUGGGGCUGUUUUGCCUCGUUUAAGGAUUUUCUUGUCAGUGACGUAGUUUUCUUCAUCAGGUGAUGGAUGGCUGUUUGAUGUAGAAACAAAGAAGUGGAGAGAAGUUGAGCACCCUUUUAAGACAAAGCCAAGGUAAAUAUUGUCGAAUUAUACACUUAGAUAUAUUCGGAUUUAGAUUUCUGUAUGGAGGUGGGUGCAGAUUUUGAAUUACAUUCUUCUUCUUAUUGAAGGUUGUGGCACUCUGCAUCUCAAGGCACAAACUCUGAUGUGAUCGUGUUUGGUGGAAGUUGUGACUACAUCCUUCUCGUUGAUACGGUAAGUAUCACUGAGACACUUUUGAAACUUAAAGUAGAAAUGUGGAUUUAUGUCUCCUACAGAUACUUGGAAAUCACAGCAGAUUAAAUCGCUUAUUUGUUAUUAUAAGGUUAUUGAGGCCAUCAAGUUUCCCCUCUUUGCAUAUGGGCAGCAGUAGCCCAGGAGGUAGAGCGGUCAUCCAAUAACCGGGAGGUUGGCAGAUCGAUUCCCCCCUAUCCCGAGUCUGUCCGUUGUGUCCUUGGGCAAGACACUUAACCCACCUUGCUCCCAGUGUGUGUCCUCCACUGGUGUAUGAUUGUGAGUGUUGUGUGGUGGUGGUUGGAGAGGCCGUAGGCGCUAACUGGCAGCCACAUUUCUGUCAGUCUGCCCCAGGGCAACUGUGACAAUUAAGUUAGUUUGCCACCACCAAAGUGUGACUGUGUGAGUGAAUGAAUGAUGUAUCCAAUGUAAAGCGCUCUGAGGGUCUCUGAUAAAGCACUAUAGGAAAUCUGAUGCAUUAUGAUUAUUAAACAAAAAACUCUAUCCUGUGGUUUAUGCACUGCCAGAUGACACUGAAAUUGAAACAGUGAGCCAUACAGGGGGAACAGAUGUUUAUUUUGUAUUGAAAUUAUUUAAUGCUAAAUAUUUUAUCUUGUUCAUAACUUAAAAUUACAAAAUAGCCUUUGCAUCUUCCUUUCAGGGUCACUGUAAUGAUGCGCUUGUUUUCCAAACGCAACCAUAUCCUCUAUUCCGGUAAGUACUUCAGACGACUUUUUUUAUAAAAGGAACUACAAAAAAGUUCAGAAACUUACAGAUGAAAUACUGCAUCACAGACUUAACCCAGAAAUGUUUCUUCCGAUAGGAUCUGUGUGGAUUACAUUGCAAAGAAUGUGAGGAACUCUGAAGUGCUCAGAAACCAGCUGCCUUUUCUUCCGCCCAAACUCCUGACAGCAGUGCAGAGGAGGAUGUGUUUUUACAGGAACUCAAAGAAACAGACCUAUUAG